AAACAGAGGCUGGAUGGCCAUCUGUCAGGGAUGCUUUGAUUGAGAUUUCCUGCAUGGCAGAAGGGGGUUGGACUGGAUGGCCCUUGCGGUCUCUUCCAACUCUAUGAUUCUAUGAUUCUGCUUUAGGAGCUCCAUGCCCAUUUAAAUGGCUCCAUCAGUUCAGACACCAUGAAAAAACUGUUGGCUCAGAAACCAGACCUUCGUGUGAAUAAUGGAAUGACGAUGAUCGACAAGGGGAAGAAAAGGAGUCUGGGAGAGUGUUUUCAGAUGUUUCAGAUCAUCCAUCAGAUUACCAACAGGACAGAAGACAUAUUAAUGGUAACCAAAGAGGUUGUUCAGGAAUUUGCUGCCGACGGAGUGAAGUAUCUGGAGCUACGGAGCACACCCAGAGACGAACCUGCCACCGGAAUGACCAAAAGAACGUACUUAGAAGCUGUCCUCGAGGGCAUAAGGCAAUGCAGAGAAGAUGACUUGGAUAUAGAUGUCAGAUUUCUAGUGUCUGUGGAUAGAAGAGCAGGACCAACCGUUGCUAAAGAAACAGUGAAAUUGGCAGAAGAAUUUCUUCUUUCCACCGAUGGAGUGGUUGUGGGCCUUGACUUCAGUGGAAAUCCCACAGCAGGACACGGCCAGGACUUUUUGGAGCCUCUCUUAGAAGCAAGAAAAGCUGGACUGAUGCUGGCGUUGCACCUUUCGGAGAUCCCAAACCAGGAAGAGGAGACCAGGCUUCUCCUAGGUCUGCCACCUGACAGAAUCGGGCAUGGAACAUUUCUUCAUUCCCCAUCGCCAUCCUCCCCGGAUCUUGUGCAACUCGUCAGGCAAAACCGCACACCCCUUGAGCUGUGCCUGACGUCAAACCUCAAGGGACAGACUGUGCCUUCGAGCGACCAACAUCAUUUUGGCUUCUGGUACAACAUGGGCCAUCCUGUCGUGCUUUGUACCGACGACAAAGGUGUCUUUGCGACUGACCUCUCUCAGGAGUACCAGCUGGUGGCGGAGACGUUUCAGCUCUCUGAAGAACAGGUCUGGGACCUCUCCUACAAUGCCAUCGACCACAUUUUUGCUUCUGGCUAUACAAAAGCAAAGCUAAAAGAACGGUGGUGUGAACUGAAGCCUCCCUGUUUAAAUAGCAGUAGCUGAAUAUUAACACCUGGCUGGCA